UUAACCGUGUUUGUAAGUGUAAAAAGAGAGUUGGAAUUUCCCCCAUUUAUGCUAUGAAACAGCUAUUUAGUUUGAUUUAUUUUAAUCACUUGAGAAAGAUAGAUGAUUGGUGCUUGGCCAAUGAUGUUGUGAUCGUACUUCUUCCGGGUUAGUACUUUUACUGGCACGGUAGCAUAGAUGUGCAUGGUUGACGGAUUUGUAUUCACAUAUAACAUGAGUAACUAAAAUAGGAUGAGUCUACAGAAAGGUAAUGUAUCACGGUCGCGAGGCCAGAGGCAUCAAAACACCACUGCUUUCAAGAAUGACAAGUACGGAGCGACAGUACAAGUGAAGAAGGGAAAAUCAAAGACCCAUGAUGGACUCUGUCAACACUGUAAAGGUGUUCUUGAGUGGAAAGUCAAGUACAACAAAUAUAAGCCACUAACACAGCCCCGAAAAUGUGUAAAGUGUUCUCAAAAGACUGUCAAGGAUGCGUAUCACAUCAUUUGUAAGCCCUGUUCUCUUCAGCUAGAGAUCUGCUGCAAGUGUGGGAAGAAAGAGAACAUCGUUAUUCCGGUAGGCUCACAUCUUGACACCAAAGAAGAAGAUGGUGAACAGAGAAAGAAUGAACGGGGUCGAGGGAAGAAGGAAAUGGAUGACUUUGACAGGUCUGGGGGAUAUGAUGAUGAUGAUGAUGAUGAUGAUGACUUUGGUCAUCUUGAUGAUGAGGACAACGAAGACUUUGUCAACAAUUCAGGACCAGAGACAACUCAAAGCAAGUCUGCUGUACUACCAGAUGUGUCCCAAGUUCAUGUUAAAGACUAAAGACAGUCAGAGGGCUCUUUAAGUGGAAUUUAUUUAAGCUUGUAUACCAAACAUGUUUUUAAUCAAAGUACAGUGUGAGGCUUAGGACGUGGCUACACUCACAUUACUACUGUAAAUAAAUUGAUGUUACUGGUUUGAUGCAAAACCUGGAAGAUGAGUAAAUGUUGUCAUCAGGCAGUUGAAAAAGUU